AUGGAUCACACCAAACACUCUGACAUCCGUCCGGCGUUUCUCUUACCCGUCCUCUGCCUGAUGGCCGUCGUGUUCGGUCGGUCACAUGAGGACAGUCCGUGCGAUACAGAGUCCGGCACUCCCGGCACGUGUCUCGCGCAGAACGACUGCCUCACCCGCUCCGGCACUCCCGACGGCACCUGUGCCUCCGGAGGCGCCUCCUGUUGUAACUUCAAGUUCACGUGCGGCGGACGAACCAAAGAGAAUGACACUAUUUUCGUCAACAAACGGUUCCCACUCCCCGACAACGGCACCGACACGUGUCAGGCGACCGUCGACCAGCCGCCCAACGUCUGUCAACUCAGACUCGGUUCGUAUUCCCGUUUCUCUGCCGAAAGCACUCUCUUAUUAACCCCUUCUUCGACCGCAGACUUCGAGGAGUUCUCGUUGUGUCCUCCGGACGAGAACGGCUUCUGCACUACCGACUCGUUUAUGGUGCGCACGACAGGCGGCGAAAACUUUCCCAUUCUGUGCGGCCAAAACAACGGCCAACACAUUUACGUGGAUAUGGGUCGCGGAUCGGCCAAUUCGGUGGUGUUAUCGGUCGUCUCGAACGUCGAUCACAUCGACCGCAAGUGGAAGAUCCGGAUCAAUAUGAUUCCGUGCGAUAACCUCCAUAUGGCGCCGUCCGAAUGUCUGCAGUACUUCCGGUCGCCAUCGGCUGUCGUCCAGAGUUUCAAUUACGGCGUUCCGAUGGAGAGCAGAGCCCGCUAUCUGUCGAACCUUCGCUACACGUCUUGCGUUCGCGUCAAUGAGAACUUCUGUGGGAUCUAUUGGGAGAAAGACAUUCCCGGCUCCUUCUCGUGGGGCACACCUGGAGAGGGUAACCUCGCAGAGCGAGGCGCCAGCGGCGGUCUCUGCGAUGGCGACGACUUCAUUGGCAUCGAUCAGCUAAGCGCUGACGGCAACGGUUCCAAAGAGGACAGGAUUUGCGGCACAAAACUGCUUGAAAACGAUCACAUCAUUUCGCACUCCAAACCCUUCCAACUGAAAGUGCGCUCAAACAAUGACCAUGGCCUGAACUCACAGAACUCACAGCACGGCUUUUCGUUGCGUUACGUGCAGUUGCCGUGUGUUAUUGGUUCACCUCAUAAGGCCUACCACCCAUCAUGCCAACCACUCAAAAGGACUACAUUCCCCCCGUUUCCGCAGACAUUUCCCAAAACAUCGGGUGAGUCCAACAAGUUGUCAGAACUUCCAGAAAAUGCAUUCAAAGACAUCAGCUCUAAGUUGGUGUGGGUUAUGGGCGCCGACACUCUUAAAUCAAUACAUGUGAAUGCGUUUCACGGCACAGAUCGGGUGUCAGAGACCCUGGAGUUACAAUCCCUGAGCCAUUUAGGUAGACCUACCACUAUAUCCAUUAACCACACAUUCAAGAACCCUCGGAAGUGGAAGUAUUUGGAGGAAACUGUGUUUAAGUCCUUUAUGAUGGCUAAUGAUAAUAAUAAGUAUGAUAAGGAGAGCGAGUUUGAAUUACCGACUAUCGUACAGACAUUGAGUGAAACAGCAAAUAGUAGUAAAUUUUUGUGGAGAUUUGAUAUCAUGUCUAAUAAGAUCACAGAAUUGUCUGAAAAUACAUUCAAAGACCUCAACAUAUGGUUCAUAUGGCUAAUGGGUGCCGAAAACCUCAAGACCAUCCACUCGGACGCCUUUAUCGGAACCAAUAAUGUGACUCGAAAUUUGGAGAUAUCGUACUGUCCACUACUGGACACCACAAACCUGUUUGAAGUGUUGAAUAAGUUUGAGAAAUUACAAUUUCUGGUGCUGAAGGAAAUUAAUUUGCAGUCCAUUCCGGCCAACGCUUUCACGGCAUUGAAACACUUGAAGACCAUUCAUAUAAGCGAUAGUAAACUCGUAACGAUCGGCGAAAAAUCGUUUUAUUUGCUACCAGUGCUCCAGAUGCUCGUAAUUAGUCAGACAUCGAUGACUCGUAUACCCAAAGAUGUAUUAGUUUUUAGCAAUGAUUACGAUAUCAAGACUACCGUUAAAUUGCUUGAGAAUCCAUUGCUUAAGAGUGAGAGUUUUGAAGUGGAUUCAUUGGCACAUAUGGGAAGACCUACUAUUUUACAUUUACAGGCCAUCAACAAAAAUCCCUAUCAAUGGAAAUAUCUAUUGGAGUCAGCCUUUAAGCCAUUUUUGUUGGAAAACCGGGAAAAUGUUGUCGUGCUUAUAGGACAUGGAGGCUAUGUUGUACCCGAUAAGCGUUUUAUAUUAAGCUUGCUAUUAGUGAUUGGCUAUAAAGGAGUUCAUAGUGAGUGUCCGUACGGGGAUGGGGUCAAGCCGUGCACCUGUGCCGGGGAUGAGAUAUUCACGUGUGCGGGCGAUAAGCCCAUAAACCUGAAGGAGAUUUUUGGCAAAUUUAGCAAAACCUUAAAGGAUGACCAGAAAGAGUUGGAACACAUUAUUAUCAAGAACUCGGCCAUAGAGGAGAUACCGGACAAUGUGUUCGGAGACAUCUAUUUCCGGACCAUUACUUUUACCGGUUGUACUAACCUCAAGAAAAUUAGUCCCAAUGCCUUCUCGGGCACCGACACCUUCACUGAGAAUUUUAACAUAGAUAAUAGUCCAAAAUUAGGGGCCACCCCUAACGUACUCUUUGAUUGUCCGUACGGGGAUGGGGUCAAGCCGUGCACCUGUGCCGGGGAUGAGAUAUUCACGUGUGCGGGCGAUAAGCCCAUAAACCUGAAGGAGAUUUUUGGCAAAUUUAGCAAAACCUUAAAGGAUGACCAGAAAGAGUUGGAACACAUUAUUAUCAAGAACUCGGCCAUAGAGGAGAUACCGGACAAUGUGUUCGGAGACAUCUAUUUCCGGACCAUUACUUUUACCGGUUGUACUAACCUCAAGAAAAUUAGUCCCAAUGCCUUCUCGGGCACCGACACCUUCACUGAGAAUUUUAACAUAGAUAAUAGUCCAAAAUUAGGGGCCACCCCUAACGUACUCUUUGAUGUCGAGAAGUCGGACAUUCCCCUCGAGUUAGUGCUGUAUAAGAACCCUAAGCUGUCGGGCGCCGGCGCUUUCGACGCCCAGACCUUCAUGAAUAUGGGUCGACCCGGAGUGUUGGACUUCUCGGGCGACCAUUUGGAGGGUGACGUGAGCUUCAAGCAGAUGAAGGUGUUGGACGAGAAGAUAUUCUUACCGUUCCUUAAGCUCAACGAACUCAAUAAGAUAGGGAUGAGGGGACAGCCGUUUGAUUGCGACGACUGUCAAAACGCGUGGAUUAAAAAGAUGCCAAAACUGGACCAACAGUUUGAGGGCUUGAAGUGCGCCAAUGGAAAGGACCCCAAAGACGCCGUCAACUUUGCUAAAUGCAAAUGA